CCGUUGUGUGCUAGAUUUAUCAGUUGCGCCAAUAUCAGCUUGGGUGUCGGUGUGAAAAGUUAGAAAAUGCCAGUAAAUUAUCAAAGAUCGUGAAAGUGAGAACAACAUAAUUUAUUUAGACUACUGUUUUACUUACGGAAAGUGGAAUAUAGAUAAAUAUAAAGAUCAACUAAAUGUGUGGACACAGCACCAAAAUGUCAAGAAAAAGCUCACGAAUGUCUUCCAGAUCGAAAACCAGUAAUCAAGUGUCAAUAUGCAAUAAAGUAUCCAGAAAACGAAAAGCUGAAGAGGAAUUAGAAGGCGCAAUGGAAUGUAAUAAGAGGAGACAGUCUCAGUCAUUUAGAAUAGAGAACCAAUGGGUUGCAAUUUCGGAAACAACUGCUGUUACCACAUGCUCAAUAGUACCCAGUCCUGAAUCAUCUCCCAGCAGGCUAGAUUUUACAAGUCAUAAGCUUGGCUCUCAUUUCCGAUUCCAAAACUAUUUCACGACACCUGUUGAGUUACGAGAUUCACCACUACCUCAGUUAGACUGGGCUGACUCACGUCAAGUCUGGCAGACUAUGUUACGGAAAGAACUGAACUAUGUGCGAGAUCAAAAUUUGUUUGAUAAACAUCCAGCACUCCAUGCAAGAAUGAGGGCAAUACUUCUGGAUUGGUUAAUAGAAGUUUGUGAAGUGUAUAAGCUACACCGCGAAACAUUUUACCUGGCCACUGAUUUCCUUGAUCGAUUCCUGACCACCCAGAGUAACAUACUGAAACAUCAGCUCCAGCUUCUCGGCAUUACAUGUUUAUUUAUUGCUGCUAAGCUUGAGGAAAUCUACCCACCUAAGCUGGUUGAGUUUGCCUAUGUGACGGAUGGGGCAUGUACGGAAGAUGAAAUUCUUGACCAAGAACUCAUCAUUUUAAAGGCUAUCAAAUGGGACUUGUCUCCUGUGACUGCAAACGGCUGGCUCAAUGUCUACCUCCAAGUGUCGAACGCCGAACAGAUAAGGGGCGGUGAACACGGCUUUGUCUUCCCACAGUACUCCUCACAUGCAUUUGUACAGAUUGUGCGGUUACUGGACCUGUGUAUGCUGGAUAUUGAGAGCCUGCAGUUUCAGUACAGCGUCCUGGCAGCGGCCGCCCUCUACCAUAACUCAUCCAAGGAACUAGCACUUUCAGUCUCUGGUUAUAAAUGGCUGGACAUACUCCCAUGUGUGCAGUGGAUGGCUCCGUUUGCUGUGUCUGUCCGGGAACUGGGACAAACAGCAGUGAAAUUCUUCCCUAACAUCCAGUCAGAAGAUUCCCACAUCAUACAAACACAUGUUGUCGACAUUCAGCUAUUGGAAAAAGCCCAGCUGCGUCGUGAUGAGAUUGUAUUUGCUGACCAAGGAAGUCCGCCCGAUCUUCAAGCCCAGGUGAUCACACAGCUGACCCCGCCUAGCGACAAGAAAGGCAACAUUUCCCCAUUGUGCGAGAAGAUCCGAGUUUCCCCAUCCUGCGAUGAUAAGGAGAAUUAUAUUCCCGCGUCACCUGAAACCCCGGAUCUUACAGCACAUAGCUGAUGAUCAGUUGUGUUAGAAAAGAAUUUAUUUAUAACAUAGUAGCAUGAUGGUAUAUUUAUUUGUCCUCAGCGGUAUUAUGAGUACAACAUCUAUCAGAUGUUGUUUGGUGGAUGAUUUAAGAUAUAACAGGGAAAGAGUGAAUUGGGAAGCAAGGCUUUGAAAAAGUUGUGGUGUUUAGAAGGACUUAAAAUGAAGCCUUUUAUAUGUGUGUGUAGGAAUUCUGCAUUGAGUUUUUACUAGAAAAUAUUAAACCAGGAGAUGUGUGAAAGCAAUGAUAGAAGGCAGUUAAAGGCCCUUCUAAAUCUUGACAUCUCAGUGCGAUAGAAGUGAAGUGAAAUAGAAAAUUAUAGAAACAUUAAGCAGUGUAGUUGUUCAUUUGAAAACGACCGAUAUUCGGUUUAAAACAAGUAUACGCCAAAAACAUGUAAUUACAAUGUGAGGUUAAUCCAAGAAUGUACUAAGCGAUGUUAAAGUGUUCAGGGUUCAGGUACCUUGUGGUGUUAACCCCACGAUAAUAUGUCGAUAUAUUUAUUUCGGAAGCUACAUAUUUAUAUGGCCUUGCAAUUCAGGAGAUACAAAAAUAUAUAAGGGCUCAGUUGUUGAGAUUUGUUGUUUGCACUUGUUGAGGUUUCCAUGGAAACCAAUUUUGUGGUGAUUUAUUUAUUAUGAUGGUUGCCCUUCAUAUCUGUGUUCCAAGUGCCUCAAAAUGGAAGCAUUCAAUGCUUUUGUGCCUUAAAUUGUGUUCAUCUUAUUUCUUUUAUUUAAAGAAAUGUUUAAGCUGUUUGCACACGUAUGAAUUUUUAAUCCUGUAUUAUUGUCCUAUUUAAUUCUUUAUUUAUAUGUUUAUGCCUCAAAAUGGCUAUGAAGAACCACAAAGUGUUCAAUAUAUUUUCGUACUAUUUUUAUUCUAAUUUUAUUUGAACCAAGUUUUAUUGCUCAUUUUUUGUAUGUAAUCUUGUUCUCUUUCAUUGCUUUAAAAAAAAACAAAAAAAAACUAGUCAUUAACUUACCAUGAUGCCUUGUAUAAUAACAUUUAUACAAUUGAAAAGACAAGAUAUUUUCAUUUAAAUUAUUGUAUUGAUUUUUAGGACAACUGAACAAAGAACUGUACAGUUUAUUCCACCUUCUAUCAAUAUUGUCUCUGCCAAAUGAUUUUUUAAGUUCAGGCUAGAAUUUGCAUUGCCUUAUAAACAUUUUGGAUAUACCGAUAAAUUUAUUAAAUAUAUAUUUGAAUAUAUGCAAUAAUAUUCAUAAUUAAUUGAAUGUUCACAAAUGACUGUACAAAGUGUAUUAUAUAACCAUGGUAUUGACCACAUAGCUGUAACCUCACAACACAGUGUGCAAUAUGUUAUGCCUAUGAAAAUAUUAACAGAAUAUAACCAGUCACUUUCGUUUAUAGAUUGAAAUAAUUUAUGAUUUAGAGAUAGUUGUUUUAACACUUGUGUGUAUGUUUGCCUGUAGUGUCGGUAAUCUAUCUUAACAACCAAUUUCCCCAUUGUGUCCAUAUUUCUGUCUCCGUAACUAAUUUAGCUACCAGUACAAGGUUGCUUUACUAUUUAAUUAUCAAAACGAAACUAAAAGAUUCACUCUAGUGUACAUUUCAUGAUUUUUUUAUGUGAAUUAGUAUGUUAAUGUUUACUUAAAACAAACACCUAGCCUGAAAGAGGUAAAGAAACUGAUGCCUGGUCAUUAUCUACAUUCCAACAACUUCAUAGAUUAUCUAUUCACUGAUAAGUCCAAAUUUUACAGAGCAAGUCAAUGUAGCUACCCUAUGAGGUGUAUAACCCAUUAUCUUUGGUUAAGUGUCAACAAUAACCCCAGUAGUUUAGGAGAUGAAAUGAUGUUUUCUUGUUAUUCAGUUUGUCAAGUACACAUACAGACCAUUACUGAAAACGAGGCAAACUCUAGUAUAUUGUCUUCUUCAAUUGUAAUUGGUGUGAAAUGUUUUUUAUAAGAUUUUCAAAAUUAUUUGUAUUACUUAAAAAUGGCCAGCUAUACUGCAAAAGUUUACUGUUUACUUAGGCUUAUCGAUAAAUGAAUGAAGCAUGAUAUAUGAAUGAAGCAUGAUACAUGAUUUUGAUUUUAUAGGAAAACUAUGGAAUAAAAUAAAGUUCUUGUUUUUGCUUAUUGCUACAUGUUCUAUGUACCAAAUUGUAUUUGUUGCCAGUGAAAGUGCAUAUAGUACCACAAUGCGUUCAUUUGAUACAGAUGUGUUCAGUUUUUCUUUUGCAUUCUUGAUAAGUUCUAUCAUUUUGUCUUUCUUGAGAUGUCAGAUGUUUCAUUUUUUUCAUCACAUUUUGAUAUCAUUUGUACAGAAUUCAUUUAAUGAUCAUUUUCUAUAUGGUAUAACCAUUCAUGCUCACAUUUCAUUCCAUCAAAUUAUAAAUAAACUUCAUACCAAUAUAAUUAUGCAUAAUUCAGAUUAGGACAUGUAUACAAAUACUACGAGCUGUAAGCAUUGUUUAAACUUGUGUAUAUUGAUGAUUACAGAAUAGAAAGUUUUAUAUUUUGAAACUUUUAAUGAAUUAAUUGAAAUAUGUUAUUGAAUAAGGAGAUAAUAAUACAAGAUUCAAAGCUCAAAUAUUAGUCAUAAAAUGUCUCGGAUGUGCCUUACACAUGUAAGAUUGAUGGAGAAAAGGUUUCAACAGCGUCUGUUCAUAUGUGUUUUUAAAGUUCAAAUCGUACAAGGUUUUAGAUGGUAAAUAUUUUAAAUGUCUGUGUUUUAGUUAAUUUCAGGUUGUGUGUGAUUUAGAAAUUAUAUUUUAAUUGAAUGGUUUUAAAUGAUACUAAAUUAUAACAAUUGAAUGAACUGUAUAUUG